AUGUUUGCAGCUGAAAGUUCAGACGUCAGGAAUACAGGCCAUCGUUGCGAGAAGAUAUGCAUCACAUUGUUGUGCCUGUUGUUCGUUGCUGGUGCUUAUACCUGGUUUUUUAUCCCAAAGAGAAUGACAGGGUAUACAAAUCCCAAAUUCAGCAUCAACGGUGCUUAUCUUAAUCGAUUCAAUAAUUAUACCGAAAUCAACCAUACUUUCUCCUACAAUCUCCUCCUCAACAUCACUCUCACAAACCCUAACCAGAAAAUCGACUUUGAGUGGAGUGACACCCAAGUCAUUGCAUACUAUCACAAUGAGAGAUUUGGUCUUGUGACUUUGAUCGAUAGGUGGACAUCCAUUCACCAAGACCCCAAGAACACAACUAUUUUUCAGAAUGCCCUUAUUCAAGGGUGGAAGCCUCUACUGUUUGAGGAACAUGUGCUUCCCAAUGCUACUCACCAUUACCGUAUUGACUUGGUGAUUGCUUUCCAUGAAAAGAUUCAUCGAUCGCUUGCCCAGGUUUCGUGCAACCUAACUGUUCCACUGAGUUUUAAUGUAACAUCUUUUGAUGGUUUCAACACUACAAAGUGCUCCUAUAUUUAA